AUGCGCGAUGGAAUCUUGCUGAGCGCGUUCGCGAAUCGCUCCGGGUCCGAGUGGCUGCUGCGCUUGCACGCGAUCACGUGGCAUAAAUGCGUCACUAAUAAGAAUUUCACCUCUAAUUCCUGCAGUGCUGUGCUCAUUGCUCAAGUGUGCUCCGAGACCUCCGACACGUCGCCACCUUUGCAAGCUCCUCCUGAGCGCUCAGGAUCAUGGGCAUCCGGCACACAGGCCGUGAGCAAGAACGUGGCAGAUCCUAAACCUCUGGUCGUCCUUCUUUGCCUCGCUUCCUACAAUUUCUUCAAGGAAACCAACUCGCACCUCCAAGCAGCUCUCGAACAGAGAUCCGAAGUCCUGGUCGCGACAACCCGGUCCGAGGCGGUGCGCUACCUCACCAGCACCUCGAUCCCGCAAGCUGUCAUAGCCUGCGAUGCAGCCGUGUCUUAUCCUGAAUAUCACGAUGUCCUCCUGCGCUUGGCCCAGUAUGCUCAUGGCGGGGGCACUGUCGUAUACGCGGGGAACUUCGCCACCUUUGUUCGCUUUCCGGAGAUGAAGGCCAUGUUCAAAGUCGCCUGGAACUUGCCAUGGGAGAUGGACGUCUGCGACGACAAGGUGUUCGGCCUGAACUUCACAGCCAGGCACCUGGACGUCAGGCCGCUGCCGAAGAAGUACGCUGUGAAGGGCAUCCAAGUCAGGAACGUACUGCCCGAACUCGCUGUCUACUUGGGACAGAACCAGCUCAAGAAGCUUGCGAAAGAUAAGAACGGUCCUCUGGCGAAUGUCCCUCUCAACGCCCCGGUUGCCUUUUGCAAAACUGGUCAGGGCUAUGUUGGGUACGUCGGCGACUACAACUCCACCGAGCCGACGACUGCCAUCGUCCUCGCGAUGUGCUUCCAUCCUGCAUCUCGGGCACGCGUAGCACCCGGAACGGUCUUACCCAGCGUGGCGCUGUCCACUCCUGGAAGGUCCCUCCGACGCAAUAUCCUAAUCGUCUCGCUCGAGCAAGGAUUGAUGGACGAAAGCUACCAGCCGCUCUAUCGCGCCAUACGCAAAAACGCGUGGCUCACCGAAGUCGAAGAUGCCGAAACAGCCAUCCAGCUCCUCUCUUCCCAGCCUCCCCCCUCCGCUGUCCUCUUCACGGACGGAAUGAUCACCCGCCCCGAGAACUCUCGAGUCCUCACGCGGCUCAUCGAAUACGUCCGCGGUGGGGGGACGGCCGUCUUCGGCGCACAGUUCGGCAACACGGUCUCGGUGCUCGACCUCAGCCCGUUCUUCAACAAGUGGGGCCUCGCAUGGUACAGAGGCGACUACCGGCGCGAUGCGUUCGCACUGAACCCCGCCGGCGUGCCCGCGCCACUCUCGGCCGCCGCGCUGUUCCCCGAGGCGAGCAUGAAGGCCGUGCUCGUGAAGGCGCCGCGCGCGUGCGCCGUGUACACGCCCGCCUCCAGUGAGUAUGCGCGCCCUCCCGUGUCUGCACCCAACGGCGAGCGGGUGGAGGAAUGCCCCGCGGCCUUCGGGCGGGUCGGGCGCGGCUUCGUGGGGUAUGUCGGCGACGUGAACGGAGAGCAGGCGUCGAUUCGGGCGAUCAUCGAGAUGCUCGGGGUGAAGAUCAACCCUGGGGACUUUGGCUCCAGGAUAGUCACGAAGAGCGUGUCGUUCCGUCCCGGGCAGGGAAGCACCGCCACGUACGCCGAAGAGGAGGAGAUUCCUCUUCCGGUCGCUGCUCCCACUGCUCCCCGCGAGGCCAAGGUCAGAGAACGCAAGGAGCGGCGCGCGAAGACGAGGAUGGAGAAGACGAGUCGCGGUAAUGAACUGUGGGGAGAGGGUAACAGGUUCUUCGCCCAGAAGAAAUGGGUUGAGGCGGCGACGAAGUACCGCGAGGCGGCGAUGCUUGUAGGCCCUCACACAAUCCAUCUCGGGAACCUCGCUGGCGCGUUUCUCAAAAUGUCACUUUGGGAGCUUGCGGAGAGCGCGACCUGCCGCGCACUUGUGCACGACCCGUACGACGUGCAGGCGUUGUACAGAAGAGCUUUGGCCAGGAAGGGGCUCGAGCGAUUCUCCGCAGCGGAAGCCGAUCUCAAGCGCGUCCUCGAGCUCUACCCCGGCUAUCUGGACGCGCAAGAACUACUGGAAUCAGUCGAAGGCGGCGGUCCAAGCAGAUUCAAGUGGCCGGGGGACGACGAGAUCGGCCUCGAGGGAGGCGUGGGCGACGACGGGCCGCUGGAGCUCGAGGAGGAGUCCGACUCGGAGGACUUCGAACACGUCGGAAACGGCAACCCUUGUCGCUCGUACAACCACGAUGGGUGCCCGCGUGGGCAAGGUUGUGCCCUCAGUCAUGCCCCAGACGCAAGGAGCGUCAGGGAUGAGCUAGGUCGGAACGUCUGCGUCUACUGGCUGCUCGGCGAAUGCCGCUUCUCAGACGAGCGGUGCUUCUACGCCCACGACAAGUCUUACCUCCCCGCCAAGGGCUGGUGGACGAACAAGCACCGCCUCGCCCGCUUGUGCAAAGAAUUCGACGACGCCGUGGCUACGGCACCCCGUCCUGGGAUCAAGGAGGGCAUCCUCGCCGAGGCGCUGAAGCCGGUUUCGUGGCGGAAAGACGCGUGGACCUUGACCCCUGCGGACUACGCGGAGCUGGCGAAACUACGUGCGGAGGAGGUUUGGUAA